AUGAAUGCUAAUGAGACGAAAAAUGGACCGCCUAGUGAAACCAAUGACUACUCGGGACCACCCGGCAUGGAUGUCGGUGGAACUAUUGAGUCUGACUGGAAAGAAGUGGUGGACAACUUCGAUGAGAUGAAUUUAAAAGAAGAAUUGCUGCGUGGUAUUUAUGGAUAUGGUUUUGAAAAGCCAUCAGCUAUUCAACAGCGUGCUAUUUUGCCAUGCAUCAAGGGACAUGAUGUCAUUGCUCAGGCCCAAUCUGGUACUGGUAAAACGGCUACUUUUUCAAUUUCUAUUCUCCAACAAAUCGAUACAAGUUUGAAUGAGUGCCAAGCACUCAUUUUGGCACCAACGCGUGAACUGGCUCAACAAAUUCAAAAGGUGGUUAUUGCUUUGGGCGACUUCAUGAAAGCGGAUUGUCAUGCUUGCAUUGGUGGAACAAACGUUCGUGAUGAUAUGCGUAAGCUGGAUACUGGAUCCCAUGUAGUGGUUGGCACUCCUGGUCGUGUUUAUGACAUGAUUGCUAGAAAAUCACUACGAACUCAAUUUAUCAAGAUAUUUGUUUUGGACGAAGCUGAUGAAAUGUUGUCUCGAGGUUUCAAAGAUCAAAUUAAAGAGGUGUUCAAGUUCCUCGAAGAAGAUAUUCAGGUCAUUCUGUUGUCUGCUACUAUGCCCGAGGAUGUUUUGGAUGUGAGCACUCACUUCAUGCGUAAUCCAGUACGCAUUCUUGUGCAGAAAGAAGAACUAACAUUGGAAGGUAUCAAACAGUUUUACAUCAAUGUUACCAAAGAAGAAUGGAAGUUUGAUACAUUGUGUGAUUUGUACGACACUCUUAGUAUCACCCAGGCUGUGAUAUUCUGUAACACACGUCGUAAGGUAGAGUGGUUGACUGAAAAUAUGCGAUUGAAAACAUUUACUGUAUCAGCUAUGCAUGGAGAAAUGGACCAACGUCAACGUGAGCUAAUUAUGCGUCAAUUCCGUUCUGGCUCUAGUCGUGUUCUAAUCACUACUGAUUUGUUGGCUCGAGGCAUUGAUGUACAACAAGUGUCUCUGGUUAUCAACUAUGAUUUGCCGUCCAACCGCGAGAAUUACAUUCACAGGAUUGGGCGUUCUGGCCGUUUCGGUCGUAAGGGAGUCGCCAUUAAUUUCAUCACUGAAGACGACAAACGAGCGAUGAAGGAUAUUGAAUCGUUUUACAACACUCACGUUCUCGAGAUGCCACAAAAUGUGGCCGAUCUGCUGUAG